AUGCAGAUCGCUGCCUGCUUCCUCGGCCUUGCGGCUUUGGUCGCUGGUCACGGAUACGUUGACAAUGCCACCAUCGGAGGGACCUACUACCAGCCUUACCAAGACCCGUACACGAACCCCAUUCCUCAUAGAAUCUCUCGCCCGAUCCAAGGCAACGGCCCAAUCGAGAGCGUCGACUUGAUCGAUGUCCAGUGCGGAGGAUACACUGCCGGCGGCGUCUCGGGCUCCACGCCAGCAGCCCUGCACGCCGCAGCUGCCGCCGGAUCGACAGUUACCCUGCGAUGGACCCUGUGGCCCGACUCCCACGUCGGCCCCGUCAUCACGUACAUGGCGCGAUGCCCCGACGCCGGUUGCCAGGCAUGGCAGCCCGGCACUUCUGCGGUAUGGUUCAAGGUCAAGGAAGGUGGACGCACCGGAACCACAAACACCUGGGCCGAUACCCCUCUCAUGGUCGCAAACUCUGGCACCCAGUACACGAUCCCGUCCUGCCUGAAGCCGGGCUACUACCUCGUCCGCCACGAAAUCAUCGCCCUGCACGCCGCCUACUCCUAUCCCGGCGCGCAGUUCUACCCCGGUUGCCAUCAAGUGCAGGUCACUGGCGCCGGCACCAAGACUGCGACGUCGCUGGUUGCCUUGCCCGGCGCGUAUAAGGCGACCGAUCCCGGCAUCACCUAUGAUGCCUACAAGGCACAAACGUACACGAUUCCUGGUCCGGCUGCCUUUACCUGUUGA